AUGGGUGACUACUCGAAAGCACUUGAAUUUUACGAAAAAUCAAUUAAAAUAAGAAAAAAAGCUCUGCCUUCCAAUCAUCCUGAUUUGGCUACUUCAUACAGCAACAUCGGUGGAGUGUACAGCGACAUGGGUGACUACUCGAAAGCACUUGAAUUUUACGAAAAAGAUCUAGAAAUCACAAAAAAAGCUCUGCCUUCGAAUCAUCCUGAUUUGGCUACUUCAUACAGCAACAUCGGUGGAGUGUACAGCGACAUGGGUGACUACUCGAAAGCACUUGAAUUUUACGAAAAAUCACUUGAAAUACGAAAAAAAGCUCUGCCUUCGAAUCAUCCUCAUUUGGCUACUUCAUACAACAACAUCGGUGGAGUGUAUAAUAACAUGGGUGACUACUCGAAAGCACUUGAAUUUUACGAAAAAUCACUUGAAAUAAGAAAAAAAGCUCUGCCUUCGAAUCAUCCAGAUUUGGCUAUGUCGUUCUGGCACCUGGUACAUGCUUCUCCUUCAGUUGAAUCAACAUGUGGACAAUGUAUAGAUGGUAAUAAAGGUACAAAAUAUGUAUGA